AUGUGUAUGACUCCCGUUUACCAGAGAGUGGCAAAACGAGUGAGUAUUCCGAUGGCGAAGAUUGACGCCGAGAGGAACAGCGCAAUUACCAAUCGUUACCAUUUACGAGGGUAUCCAACAUUGAUGCUCUGGAAAGAUCGCAAGGGACCGUAUCAAUACAUUGGCAAACCCUGUGAAGAAGAGAUCGUGAAUUGGAUUGGAAGAUACGCUGGUAACGUGUGGACGUAUAGAAGAAGAGAGGCUGCUAAUGAACAAAUGAGGAUGUUCAUCCCUGAUCGCCCUGCUAAUGUUGUCAACAGGAGAGGUAGUCGAUCACCCUCAGUUCCUGGUGGAGGAAACAAAAUGAGUUAA